UCUCUCUCUCCUAUCUUCACUCACUCCAGCCCCCACCUACGGCCUCCUCUUCUCACCCACUCACUCACUCUCUCUCUCUCUCUACAUCGAACAAGUUGUUAGGGAGUUUCGCUUCGCUCUUCGGAUGUUAAUUCGCGUUCUCUUCUUAAUGAUGGGCGAGGCAAUUGGUAAAAGCUGCUUCAUGAGUUGUAACUCCUCAGAAUCUGUUCAUUAGUUUAUUAAGUGAAUUGUUUCUUUGAGGAGCUUAGAUGGAACUAAUUAUCGGACAAACACAUCGGAAUGUGCUUGCGUUGGCAUCUUCGCGCUCGUAUCUCUUUCUCGGCGAUCAUUUUUUCCUGAGAAAAUUAUCCGUCGCCAGAGUAGCUGGAUUCCACAGAACUGCUUGGUUUAGAAAUCGACAUGAUCUGCAAAAUGAUCCGCUGACCCUUUCGAGUCUCGAAGUGAAACAUAAAGCGGAGCCUGAGAAGAAAGAUAAAGUACUCAACCUGCGAAACUGGAAGCCUUCUGCAAAGGUUUCUUCGAGUAAACCUAAACCAGCAAGCAAUGCCAGAUCAAAGCCUGCAGGGGCUCAGAAACCACUUAAAAUAGAUGAAUCUCUGUUCUCUGCAAAGACAUUCGGAGAGCUCGGGUUGCCACCUUUACUAGUCGAUCGAUUGGAGAAGGAAGGUCUGACAGCUCCAACCGAAGUACAGUCGGCGGCUAUUCCUACCAUUUCGCAAGAUCACGACGUCGUCAUCCAGUCCUAUACCGGUUCUGGAAAGACGCUUGCCUAUCUUCUCCCAAUUCUCUCCAAAGUGGGCCCGCUGAAAACGCCUGCGGAACAAAGCAGUCCUGACCAGAAACCAGGCAUAGAAGCGGUGGUUGUUGCUCCUUCAAGGGAACUAGGCAUGCAAAUAGUGAGAGAAGUAGAAAGAUUGUUGGGUCCUGCAGAUAAGAAGCUCGUCCAGCAGCUCGUGGGAGGUGCGAAUCGAUCGAGGCAGGAAGAAGCAUUGAAGAAAAACAAGCCAGUUAUAGUGGUCGGAACUCCCGGGCGGAUUGCUGAGAUCUCGGCAGCCGGAAAGCUCCACACACACGGAUGCCGUUUUCUAGUGUUGGACGAAGUCGAUCAACUUUUGUCGUUCAACUACCGAGAGGAUAUGCAUAGAAUUAUAGAGCAUGUGGGUAGGAGGUCUGGCACAAAACCUAGCAAUAUACUUGGCCCGCUAGCGAAGCGCACCGAGCGCCAGACUAUUAUGGUCUCUGCAACAAUACCAUUUUCGGUUGUAAGGGCGGCUAGGAGUUGGGGGCGGGAUCCCGUUCUCGUUAGGGCCAAGAGUGUCCUACCUCUCGAUUCAGUCUCUACCGAUGGACUUGUCCCGUUUAAAUCCAAUCCCGACGCCACCUCUUCCUCAAGCUCGGCGACUCGAGGGGCCAUUGAUAGCUUACCCCCAAACCUAGAACAUUAUUAUUGUGUUUCCAAGGCUCAGCACAAAGUCGACACGUUAAGGAGAUGCGUCCAUGCACUGAGCGCGAACACAGUGAUCGUCUUUAUGAACAAUACGAAGCCGUUGAAGGAUGUCGUGUUUAAGUUAGAGGCGCGCGGUAUGAAGGCCGCAGAACUACACGGAGAUCUCGGUAAACUCACUAGAUCGACCGUUCUGAAGAAAUUCAAGGACGGGGAAAUGAGAGUUUUGGUGACGAACGAGUUAUCUGCUAGAGGACUCGACGUGCCGGAGUGCGACCUCGUGGUAAAUCUGGAUCUUCCAACUGACUCUAUCCACUACGCCCAUAGGGCCGGGCGGACGGGUCGGCUCGGUCGAAAAGGAAGCGUGGUCACGAUAUGCGAAGAACCUGAGGUGUUUGUUGUGAAAAAACUGCGGAAGCAGCUGAGCGUCGCCAUCAAGCCGUGUGAGCUUGCAGAAGGAAAUCUUGUUGUUCAGAGAGAGGAAGAAGUCGAAUAGUCAAUAGUUUAUGUGGUUAAGUUCUGCUUAAUGGAUUAAAUAUUUUCCAAUUUUGACAUUGUUGCUAACAUCACAUGAUUCCUUCUGUUGUACCUGGUACAAAAUUUGCUGCAAAAGCUAUGUUAUAUUUCUUGUAAAGAGAAGUAACUCUCUAUCAAAGGUGUUGUGGAAUCGAUCUAUUUUGACACGCAAAGGUGAUAGAAGUAAGAAUUUUUUGAUA